ACUUCAGUGAGGCGUGGUCAUUCAGACUGAACAGGUGAUCCAGUCCCGCACAGCUGCACUCUCUAUCCAUCCGCAGGAUCUACUUUUUCUUCCUCCACAUCAACACACAACAGCUGCAACAAAAUGCCAAAGUGCCCAAAGUGCACGAAGGAAGUUUACUUCGCUGAGAGGGUGACGUCGCUGGGAAAGGACUGGCACAGGCCAUGUUUGAAGUGCGAGAAGUGCAACAAGACGCUGUCGGCCGGCUCACACGCAGAGCAUGAAGGAAAGCCUUACUGUCACAACCCCUGCUACGCCGCGAUGUUUGGACCUAAAGGAUUUGGACGCGGUGGAGCUGAAAGCCACUCCUAUAAAUAAAAAGCGUCCCGCCCCGCGACGAAGAUGCCACCUGGAAACGAGAUCGAAGAAGCCAGAGUUUUCUCUGAAUGCGCAAUAAAACCCUGCCAACAAGCUGUGCUCCCAUUCAGAGGAGACGUGUUUGUCUACGUGUGUUUUCAUUUUGGCGGUCUGGUCUCUGUUUUCUGAUUUAUUUUCUGUGUGUAUGAUUCAUUCUGAGAUCUAGUCUCAACUGGUUUGAUUAAACACUUUGUAAAAUUUG